CCGUUUUGUCAACCAAUUGCACCACAUAUACCAAUUCGAGAACGUUUAUCAAGUCGUGCAAGAUGUUCCAGUGUUGGUGGAGAUAAUGAUCAAGAUGUAUAUGAUCUUCCAACCAGCUAUCUAAAUGGUCGACGACAACGUCGUAUGACACUGUUGCAAUCGUUACGAUAUCAGAAUAAACAACUUGCAGAUAGUGGUUUUGAAUUACUACCAGAAGAAAAAUCCAACAAAGACGGUGAAUCGAUUACGGAAUCUCCGAUAAAAAGUCGUAGUGAUUUACUUCCUUCACCACCAAUACGAUAUGGAGGCUCAAAAACAAAUUCAUUGUCACUUACAAAAAUUAAAGCCAAAGCACAUGCAUUUUUUGGAAAAAGAAGUCGAAAGAAACGGCACAGUGUAGCUUUAGGUGAAAGUUCAUCAAAAGAAUGUGCAAGCGACACUGAACAUACUGGUUAUACGUCCAUCGACUAUAGUACCAAAGAAAAUAGGCAACGUAAGUCUCCAUCAACUAAUGAUAGUGGUCGUGGUAGUCAAGGACGUUUAGGAAUUGAUGAAGAGCAAUUAAGCGAUUCACAUGAAACACAUAAAGUUGGAAAAACGAUUGCUGUAAUUGAGAAUUUGGACACGAAGAAAAGAGGUAGCAAUUCGGUUGGUACGAAUAGCCUUCUUAGAAGCGUAUCUUGUCCUGAACUCGGAACCCAUCUGUUAUAUUGUGAGUCGUUGAAUGAACGAGCAUCAUCUGCGCGAAACGAUAAACAUCUGGAAACUGAUAGCGAUGAAGAAUUUACCUCAUCAUCUGAUAAUUUUCAACAUAACGCUCAUAACCAUGAUCAUCCCGUUCUAUCUCCGUUGCACUCCGAGAAGAGCAUCGAAACAGUUGGUGCUACUCAAGGUUCUGACGUUCGAUUUGCUAAGAAAAUGAUACGACAAUCUGAAUCAUUUGCUGAAUCUGUCCCAUCUCGAAAGCAAUCUCAAUACAGCGCAAAUAUAGAAAAUCUACAACAGAAUCCCUCUUCAACAUGGGAACGGUGUGCUAUUGAAUCGUUUCUGUCAUCAUUGUCACCUUUACCUCCUCCAAUGCCAGCUUUUUCUUCAAUUGUUGGACACAACCGUUCAUCAGUAAGAUCUGAGACAACUGUAGACGAUGCAACGAGCACGGAUACGUCAUCGUUGUUGGACAAGAUGACACUUGGUGGAAAUGAUGAAGAUUGUGGCAGCUAUCGUGGUGAUUACGAUACAGAUAACGAUGCAAAUUCGUCUAGCAUUUUACUGGAUCAAUAUCUUCCAAUUUUAUCUGGUAACUGCUAA